AUGAUGAGUUUAAGGCUUAAGUUUCUAGCACUUAUUGGAACCAUUAUUUGUAUAGGGGAUUCUGUAUAUGGAGUUCUUUUUGAUCAGGCAAAGACUAGUUGGAUAUUUAGCAGACAAGCUGAUGCAUGGUUAUCUAAAGUGAAGUCUUAUUCUACAUUUGUUGUAGCUAAAGAAGCAAAUAGUACUGAUAUUAGUGAAUUAUUUGCAAGUUAUGAGGUUGCCGAUAAUGAAACUAUUAAGAAAUAUUUUGGUGAUACUACAGACUUUGUAUAUGAGUACUUUUUAAAUGGAUACGGCUUGAAUAUUGAGAAGCUCAGAUACCUAUCACUAGAUAGCAAUUCAACUGAUACAACAUUCUUUUGGCCAGAUGACACAAAUAAAUGGGCUCAAGUAUCUUUUGUAAAAUCAGAAGAAGUCACUAAUCCAAAUUUCACAAUGACUACAUUCAAUAACCCUGAUUAUUUAAAGUCUGUACAAGAAGUCUCAGUAAGAUUUGAAAUUUUAGAAAGUGACAAGUUUAUUUGGGGUGGUCAAUAUUUGUGUAAUGAAUUAGUUCAAUUUCAGUUAUCUAAUGAAACCCCUAGGAGUCCUAUGAUUCCAUCUCCUCACACAAAUCGUAAUCUAUAUGCAAAACAAGGGCAACAAUUAUGGUAUGGCUACUUACUAAGUACUAUGAACAAUGAAACUUCUAUUAUUGGAACAUUUGCAAGUUCUGCCCCAGAAAAUGUGAAUACCGUGCUUAAACAAUACAUAUUUUCAAGAUCAUUUGCCUUCCAAACCCCAUUUUUGAAAAAACAAAAAUAUCCUGAACUAGGUCAAUAUGACUCUAUUACUUCCUUAGUAGCUAUUUCAGAUAUUAGAAAUAAAAAUACUUAUCUCAAGACAGGUAUUUUGUCUAGCCCUGCUAGACCAGGAUUAUUGAUACCUUCCCAUAAAACUGGAAACAAUGAUGCCUAUCCAUCUCCAGCAACUCCAUACAACUAUAAAAAUCCUUUGGGUCCUGUCUUUACUCCUAGUAAGAAAUGUUACGAUUUUCUAUAUACUAUAUAG